CAGAUGAUGCCUCAAAUCAUCAAUAUUCUUCAUGAAGGAGAGGGAAAUGAAUGCUAAAGAAAUGAGAGACUUAUAGGAAAUGAUUAGAAAUCAUGUUAAAUACUUCUGAGAUGUACUGCUCAAAGUUAGCACAUGAAAAAAAAUCACUUUAAAGAGAAAGAUUGUUGGAGAAGAUGUAAGGACUAAUGAGCCUCUAAAGAAAAAUGCUGAUUUUUUCUGCAUUUCUUUUCUGUCUCCUCAAAUCUCUCAAGCCUUCUGCUAAAAGGCCUAGAAGACACAGGAACGACACUUCUGGGAAAGGGAUGAGGGCUGGGGGAAUGAGGGAUGAGUGGUGGGGUGUUGCAAGUGGCUUUCCUUUUCUCAGCUGUCCCGCCAGAACAGCAGCCCUGGGUCAAUGGCCUACAAGUGCUCAUGGAGAAGUCAGUGACGAAGUCAGACUUCACAAAUCCCAGCAUCCUGAUUGCCAUGAACCUGGCUGGUGCCUACAAUCUGGAGGCCCAGAAGCUCCUGACUGACAGGCUCAUGGCCACUAACAGUGCAGACCUAACAAGUGGGCAACUAGCGCUCACCACUAUGGCUCUCAACUCCUCAUGCCGAGACCCUGGAAAUAAAGUAUCUAUUCUGCAAAAUGAAAUGGAGAACUGGGUACCUCCAAGCCCAGGUGCUGAAGCCUCAGCCUUCUAUGGGCCCAGUCUGGCGAUCCUCGCACUGUGCCAGAAGAACUCAGAGGCAACCUUACCCAUCGCAGUGCGCUUUGCUAAGACCCUGAUGAGGGAGUCUUCUCCCUUCAAUGUGGACACAGGAGCAGUAGCAACCUUGGCCCUGACUUGCAUGUACAACAGGAUUCCUGUAGGUUCUCAGGAAAAUUACAGAGACCUGUUUGGUGAGGCACUGAAGGUUCUUGUGGAUAAUAUCAGCUUGAGGAUCAAAGAUGAUGGCAUCAUUGGGAACAUCUACAGUACCGGCCUUGCCAUGCAGGCUCUGUCUGUGACACCUGUGCAACCUAUCAAGAAAUGGGACUGCCAACAGACUAUGGAUAUGAUACUCAAUAAGAUUAAGCAGGGGAAAUUCCAAAACCCCAUGUCCAUUGCUCAAAUUCUCCCCUCCUUGAAAGGCAAGACUUACCUAGAUGUGCCCCAAGUAAAUUGUGGUCCUGAUCAUGAAGUGCCACCAACUCCAGCUGACUAUCCUACUCCCGUCCCCCCCUCAGUGUCUAACAUUACCGUCAUAUACACCAUAAACAACCAGCUGACAGAGGCUGAUCAGCUCUUCAAUGAGACUAUUGAGGUUAGUGUGAGGAAUGGAUCUGUGCUAUUUGCUGUCCUAGAAGAAGCACAGCGCAAAAACUCCAUGUUCAAGUGAGUAGUGCAAGUGAU